ACGAACACGACGAAGCUCUCUCCGCCUCACUCGAUCCCGCUUCUACAGUUUAGACCCGAACACUACGGGGUGAGAGAGAGAGAGAGAGAGAGAGAGAGAGAGAGAGAGCAUAAGCUGUAUGAGAACAACGACAACAACAACAUGAUAAAAACUCUAUCUUUUUCCCCCAACCAUCGUGUUCUACGAUCCAGAGAUUAGCGGUUUCUGUGUUCUAUGAAGAAUUUGGGCAAAUGGGUGUCGAUUGGUUUCAUGUUUUAGCCAAUUCUCUCUGUAAAAAUUUGAUUUUUACGUCAAAAAUUCCGCAGAGAAUGCUUGCGUGAUGAUCCGAGGCUAAAAAUGGCCGAUAGGAGCACACAAACGCUAGGGAUCGUUUGCCCUAGACCCUUCUUCUGGCUCUUCGCCAUUGCCGCGCUCUUGUUCUUCGUCUCCUGGUUCCUCCUCCUUGACUCGACCUCUCCUCCGCAUUUCAUCGAACACAUGGUUCCCAAUCCAAAGCCCUCUUUUAAUUCAAAGACCCGAGAAGCCGAUUCGUCUCUACACAACGCACACUCUUCGUUUUCGGAUAGUAAUGGCCCCCGAGAGCACGAAACCGCGGAGUGCGAUUCCAAUAAUGCGCUUUUGAAGGUGUUCAUGUACGAUUUGCCGCCGGAGUUCCACUUCGGCUUAUUGGAUUGGAAGCCGAAGAAGGCCGGAAUCGUGUGGCCGGAUCUCGGAGAAGUUCCGGACUACCCGGGUGGCCUAAACCUUCAACAUAGUAUAGAGUAUUGGCUCACAUUGGAUCUCUUGAAUUCUCGAUCGAGAUCCGGACCGUGUGUUGCCAUAAGAGUUCUCGAUUCGCGCGAUGCCGAUGUAGUGUUUGUUCCAUUCUUUUCUUCGGUGAGCUUCAACCGCCAUUCGAAAGUUUCCCCGCCCGCGAAAGUUAGUAGGAAUAAGUUGUUGCAGGAUAAGUUGGUGGAGUUCUUAACCUCGCAAGAGGAGUGGAAGAGAUCGGGGGGCCGAGAUCAUGUAAUUUUGGCUCAUCAUCCCAAUAGCAUCUUUGAUGUGAGGUUGAAGUUGUGGCCUUGUAUGUUCAUUCUCUCUGAUUUCGGGCGGUACCCGCCGACCGUGGCCAAUGUGGAGAAAGAUGUGAUUGCGCCUUAUAAGCAUGUGAUUGGUAACUACGUGAACGAUUCGGCCGGGUACGAUGAUCGACCGACUUUGUUGUAUUUCCAAGGCGCCGUUUAUAGGAAAGAUGGUGGAGUCAUCCGACAAGAGCUAUUCUAUCUUCUUAGAGACGAGAAGGAUGUGCACUUCUCAUUCGGAAGUGCAGUUCGGGACGGGGUCAAGCAAGCGACGAAAGGCAUGCACUCGUCCAAAUUCUGCCUGAACAUCGCGGGCGACACCCCAUCCUCCAACCGCCUAUUUGAUGCCAUAGUGAGCCACUGCAUCCCCGUAAUCAUCAGCAACGAGAUCGAGCUCCCUUUCGAAGACGUCCUGGACUACUCCGAGUUCUGCGUCUUCGUGCGCGCUUCUGAUGCUGUAAAGAAGGGCUUUUUAAUUAAGCUGAUUAGGGGCAUAAGCAGGGAGGAGUGGACCCGCAUGUGGAAGAGGCUCAAGGAAGUAGAGGGCUACUUUGAGUUCCGGUACCCGUCGGAGAAGGACGAUGCUGUGCAGAUGAUUUGGCAGGCGGUUGCUAGGAAGGUGCCUGCUAUUCGAUUGAAGGUACAUAGAUUGAGGCGGUUCACUCGGUUUAAAGGUGAUGAGAAAAGCAAGGAUUUGCCUGAUGAUUAUUAUUGGUUAGGGAAGCAAGUUCCCAGCUUUUAGGACAUCAAAAUUUUCCCCACUUAGCAGUUCCUGUUUCAUGUGAUGAGAUGGUUGACCUGAGAUCAAUCUCAAAUUUUUCGUUUUAGCGAUAAACAACGAAGAUCCUCAUAGUGAAUUGACGAAAUCAUUACACAUGAUACAUAUUUGGUCGGCAGCCUCCAGCAUCUUCUCCAUUUUGUCCAUUUUCUCACAAAUUUCUAUUGAGCUUGUUCAUAACUGCAGUUUUGUGACAAUAAAUAAUUGUAUGUAAAGUUCUAGUAUUACUUGAUAGUGCAGCUAAAUGUAGUGAUUACACAUUCAAUUUAACUUGUAUUCAAAUUGAAUUGUUGUUUUGAAAUUGUUUGCAGCUAUCAAAGAAGAUCGGUUUCUGAGAA